UCCUCGCUGCUUCCGUCCAACCCCAACCGCUCCCUCCUCGUGCAUUCCCUCGUCGCCUCUCUCGGCCUUCUCCGCACCACGCCCGACAGUAGCGCUGACGCCAAUAUCCGCGUCCUGCGCCCGCCUCCCGCGACGCCCAAAGAGCUCGCCGCAUACCACGACAAGGACUACAUUUCUUUCCUCCUCGACCCUGCCCUCCCCUCCUCCGCCUUCGACCCCCAGACUCAAUCCAAGCUCGCAGAUUUCGGCCUCGAAGACGACUGCCCGCCGUUCCGCGGCCUCCCCGAGUACGUCCAGUCCGUUGCGGGCGCGUCGCUCGCCGCGGCGCGCGCUCUCGCGCAGGACUCGUGCGACGUCAGCAUCUGCUGGGACGGCGGCAGGCACCACGCACACAAGGCCCGCGCGUCCGGGUUCUGCUACGUCAACGACUGCGUUCUUGCCCUCCUCUCCCUCAAACGCGCGCCUGUCCCCUCUCCCCCCUCUGCCGCCGCCGCCGCCCCGCCCCGCAAGCCCCGCAUCAUGUACCUCGACCUCGACCUCCACUUCUCCGACGGCGUCUCCUCCGCUUUCCACACGCCCACUCCCACCUCGCCCUCGCCCUCGCCCUCGCCCUCGCCCGCCUCCGCCCCUACCCCCGCCCCACAGUUCCUCACCCUCUCCCUCCACCACGCCGCCCCAGGCUUCUUCCCCCCCUCUCCCCUCUCCGCCCUCCCAACUUCCACCUCCGACCCAUUCACCCUCUCCCUCCCGCUCCGCCCCGGCGCCUCCCCCGCCACCCUCCGCCGCGUCUGGCUCGGCCCCGUCGAGCGCGUCGCAUCCGCCUUCAAACCCGACUACCUCGUCCUCCAGUGCGGCGCCGACGCACUCGCCGGCGACCCCUGCGCCGUCGCUAACGGCGCCCUCGGCGGCCCCGGCGGCUUGGGCUGGUGCGUGCACCGCGCGCUCCGCCAGUGGCACGUCAAGACCCUCCUCCUCGGCGGAGGCGGCUACGACUCGCCAAACGCAGCUCGCGCAUGGGCCUACCUCACAUCCAUAGCCCUCGACGCCCCCCUCCCGCUCGACACGCCCAUCCCCGACCGCGCACACGCCGCCUUCCCGCUCUACGCGCCCGCCUUCACCCUCGACGUCCCCGCCAGCGCGCACCGCCCGGACGAGAACACCUCCGCCUACCUCGAUCACGUCGAGCGCGUCUUCGACGCCGUCGUGCAGCGCAUCGAGGCGCGCGUCGCCGGCGCCGGCGCCUCGGCGCGCUGA